AUGGUAUGGUCACAGUUAGAGCUUGAAAAACCUCAUAUAGCUUAUGCUUGUGUGGGGAUAUUCAGUACGAUUUUCUCGUUGGUUUCACUCUUUGUGAAAGAGAAGCUUUUCAUUGGUGAAGCCACGGUAGCGACAGUAGCGGGUCUCAUCCUUGGGCCGCAUUGUUUAGAUUGGUUUGACCCCGUAACUUGGGGGAAUACAGAUUACAUCACCUUGGAAAUCUCAAGAAUUGUCCUUUGUAUUCAAAUUGUUGCAGUUGCUGUGGAAUUGCCCAGAAAAUAUAUGAAGAAGCAUUGGCUCUCGGUAGCCAUUUUGUUGUUGCCAGUGAUGACAGUAGGUUGGCUUGUUGUUGGAUUAUUCAUCUGGUGCUUGAUCCCACACUUUGAUUUCCCAUCGGCGUUGUUAGUGUCAGCUUGUGUUACCGCCACGGAUCCUGUUUUGGCAGCUGCCGUUGUUGGUAAGGGUAAGUUUGCUGAAAGAGUUCCUGGUCACUUGAGAAACUUAUUGUCUGCAGAAUCCGGAUGUAACGAUGGUAUGGCAUUUCCAUUCAUCUACCUCUCAUUAAAUUUGAUCUUGCAUCACGGAAAUGCAGGCGAAAUUGUUAAAGACUGGAUAUGUUUGACCAUUUUAUGGGAAUGUCUCUUUGGAUGUCUUCUUGGAGCAUUUUUAGGGUUCAUUUUAAGGAAAGCUGUAGCAUUUGCGGAAGCAAAAGGUUUGAUCGAUAGAGAAUCCUUUUUAGCGAUUUUCGUAUUCUUGGCUUUCAAUAGUGCUGGUAUUGGUUCAAUGUUGGGGGUUGAUGAUUUAUUGGUGUCAUUUGCCGCUGGUACUGCCUUCGGCUGGAAUGGUGACUUCGCUAAGAAGACAGAGGAAUCUCAUGUCUCCACUGUCAUUGAUUUGUUACUUAAUUUGGCAUAUUUCGUUUACUUCGGUGCAAUUAUUCCAUGGCCGCUGUUCAAUGAUGCUUCCUUGGGAUUAAACGCCUGGAGAUUAGUUAUUUUAGCCAUUGUUAUUAUAUUCUUAAGAAGAAUGCCUGCAGUCCUUGCAUUCAAGCAUUUCACUCCUGAUAUUAAGUCGUGGAGAGAAGCUUUGUUCUGUGGUCACUUUGGUCCAAUUGGUGUCGGUGCUGUCUUUGCUGUAAUCUUGGCAAGAAAGGAUUUGGAAGGACAUUAUACUCAUGAAGAAACUCCAUUGGCCUCCUUACCCAGCGAUACUUUCCCUCACUAUCAAUUGCUUGCCGCUAUGUGGCCAAUUGUUUGCUUUAUUAUCUUGACGUCUAUUAUUGUACAUGGUUCAUCUGUCGCUGUAUUGACUUUAGGUAAAAGACUUAAUAGAAUGGCAAUCACAAUGUCUUUCACCACUACCAAUACAAGAGAUCAAGGUCCAACCUGGAUGUCACGUUUGCAAAAGUUGGAAAAGGCCAACACUGGAUUUUCAUUACAUAGAAUUGAUUCUGAUACUGAACAGACUAGUAAUGAGACAAAGGUAGAACUCGAUGAUGUUUCAAUCGCUAACACAAAUGCCAACGGUGAUGUGCUUCCACAUUCCAAUACAAUUGAAACUAGUGGUGUUAAGUUUAGACCUGCAGGUGGAGCUAAAAGAAAGAAGCACAAGAAGAAGAAGAGACCAACUCCAGGUGAAAGACUUAAGAAAUCCCUUUCUAGGCAAGAUGAGCAUAUCGAAGGUGGUGAAGGAAGAAAGCCAAGACCUCAGACAGAAUUCUUGCAAUUGGGUAGGAAUAAUAAUACCAACAAAAUUCACGAGGAAGAUGAAGGUGAUGAUACUAUCGAUAAUACCACUAAUGGCAAUAAGGAAAGCUCAGGUGGGGAUUCUGAAUUGUCCUCUGGAUCAAUUGAAGAGGCUAAGCAACAAAAUGAUGAGAGUGUUAAGUUGGACGUUCAAGUUCCAGUAGGAGAUCUUACUCAGGAUGUUGAGAAGCUGGCCCACGCCGCGUACCAAGAAGGAGAUCAAAUUGUCAUUGAAGAUAAGGAUGGAGAAGUAUUAGAAACAUUAUCAUUAAAGAGUAGGAAGGAUUCGUUGCCUGAAAAUAACCUUGUUGAUAACCAAUUACAACGAGUCUAUAGUGGAAGUAUCCACUCGGAAGCAUCCUUACGUCGUGCUAUGACUAACUUUUCCAAUUAUUCUGAAGAUUCCAAGCAGGAUUCUAAUCUUUCUCCAACUGCUACUGCACCAUUGACUAAGGUUACAAGUCCACUGAAAAUCAAAGAGAAAAAGAAAGCCUUUUACAGGAAAUCAGAUCCAAAGCAUCGCAAGGUAUACGCUCAUCAAGUUGACGAUAUGAUUGUCAUUGAAAAUGAAGACGGUGAAAUUAUCAGAAGAUAUAAGGUCAAUCGUCAUGCUUCCCAAAGUGCACCUUCUGGAGGAAGGGCUAGAUCCGGUUCGAUUGUGGGCAAAGCAUUAUCGUACGUUGGAAUUAAGGGAAAGGGAACAAGUGGAGGAGAGGGCUUAGGAUCUGGUUCGCCAUCUAUAAAUGCCAUUGUUAGUGGAAGUUCCCAUGGAUCUGGCCAACCAGGUGAACCAGUAUUGGUAAAAGAGCACGAUUCUAAGGGUCCAAACAACCCAUUGAGGGACUCCAAGCUUGAAAAUAGCUUAGAACUGAAGAUCACCAAUAUCUUGAAGGGUACUGAUAAGACUUCAGACGCCAGGAGGCGCCCUACGGUUCCAGAAAUUAUUGAAGGAUCGGAAGAAGAAGAAGAAGAUUCUGAGGCUUCUGAAGACUCUGAAGAAGAAGAUUCGGAUGACGACUCAGAUGAAAUCUUACACGAAUCAGAAGUCGAGAAAAGGAGACGUUUGGCAGCAUUGGGCUUAGGAAAAGCAAGGGGCCAAAGAGAUGAAGAUGAUGAGGAAGAUUAG